AUGGCGGACAAGGAGCCCGUCGUGGAGCGCCCCGUCGCGGAGGAGGAAGGCGAGGACUCCGCCGCCGCGGCCGCCGCCGGCGAGGAGGAGGACACCGGUGCCCAGGUCGCCCCCAUCGUGCGGCUCGAGGAGAUCGCCGUCACCACCGGCGAGGAGGACGAGGACUCUCUCCUCGACAUGAAGGCGAAGCUAUACAGGUUCGACAAGGACGGGAACCAGUGGAAGGAGAGGGGCACGGGCACCGUCAAGCUGCUCAAGCAUAAGGAGAACGGCAAGGUCCGCCUUGUUAUGCGCCAGGCCAAGACGCUUAAGAUCUGCGCCAACCACCUAGUGAUCUCGACCACGAAGAUGCAGGAACACGCCGGCAGCGACAAGUCCUGUGUCUGGCACGCGGCAGACUUUGCUGACGGAGAGCUUAAGGAUGAGAUGUUUGCCAUCCGGUUUGGCACCGUGGAGAGAGAUUGCAAGAAGUUUAAGGACUUGGUUGACGAGAUCGCUGAGUCGCUUGCAAAGAAUGAGGGCGGUGAAAGCGAAGAAGGUUCUUCUGCGGCUGGACUGCUGGAGAAACUUAGUGUAAGCGAAAGCAAACCUGAGGAAAGUGCAGCUAAGGAGGAAUCGACUGAUGCUAGCAAGGAGACAGAAACCAAAGCCGCAACAGCCCCCUCAGAGUAG